UAUACAAAUGUUUCAUCGAAAACUUUUCUACAAAAUAAUACACAGAAAGUAUUCGAUGAAAAUUUGUUUAUUCAGCGUGCUUCCGUUAAAAAUGUAACACUCCUAUCGGACAAUUCCUGUAUUCCUAUCCAUUAUCAAUUUUGGAAUUCAAUAGCUGGUAAAUCAACAGAAAGUAAUUUAUUUGUACCGUUAAUUAAUGCAGUGAAAAAACUUGUGCCAAAUAAAAAUUGGGACCGAUAUGUGGAAAUAAUCUUUAGCAUUUUCCUACUCAAAUAUGAUCGAUUCGAAGCCCCCAUCAAAAAUAAAGAGGUUUUAUUGUGUGCAAUUUUAAAAAUUGGAUACAAUGAUCAAAAUAUUCAAGCUACUCAACAAAUUUUUAAGAUAUUGGCAGAGAUUCAUAAAACAUUUCCAUUGGAUAAAGUCAUUCAUAUCGAAAAAUCAUCUUUAUUUUUCGAUCCAAACAUUCCACAAUCAAGUGAUCGAACCAAAUCAUGUACAGACUCCAUACAUGUUGAUUUAAAUUCAAAUCAAUUGGAAAUCGUCGACAACGUGGAUUUAUCAAAAGCUCCAUGUGACACCAUAAUAAAAACUUUACCAACAGAUACCCGUAAAUGGUUACGAUCUGCUCACGAUGCUUUCGCCGAAUUAAAAUCAACGAAGAAUAGCAACAAAUUAAUCAAUCGAAGUUGGUUGUUGCGGGAACUGUUAAUAUUCCCAAUACAUGAUGUGUUAGACAUGUCGAACGAUGACUUUGGUGAUAAUUUUAUAAUACGGUUACAUACCAGCCAUAAUAAAGACGAUUUAUUCGAAUUUAUGGUAACAGCAUUCGGGUACGCGUAUCAAGAUGAGAUUAAUAAAUUGUUAAGUGCUUAUAACGAUUUGAUAACGGGUACUUUAAAAUAUUAUUUAGAAGUUAUCUGUGAUAAUUGUGAUGAUAAAAAUGAUCAGGGUCCAUCAACAAGUCAACCAAAACAAAAUAAAUUUCAGGAGUUUUCUAUGUUGUAUGUGAAACCAAGCACUUCAUCAUCAUCGGGAAAUGUUCUCGAAAAUGUAUCUGGCUCCUCUUCAACACCAAAAGAGUAUUCUAUCCAAUGGUUCUAUAAUCGCUUAAAAGAUCUGCCAAAAUUUGAGAAUACGUUCACCUUACAAGAUGUACCAGAAACGACGAGUAUUAUUCAAACGUUGCUAGCAUCAUCACGAGAUAAUAGAGAGACUAUUGAAACGUUUAUCGAUAUCUUCGGCUCUGAAAUUAUUGAGCUAGCAUUUGAACUAAUGAGGAACAAGGAUACUGUCAUGAAAGCAUUAAAUGAAAUGAAACCAACUGGAGCUAUAUCUAAAGUACCAAAAAUUCGUAAAGAUUCAAAACUUGGUCCAAUAAUAUCUAGUCAAGUUGUUGUGCAAUCAGAGAAAGAGAAACGAUUACUUCGAGAGUUGCGUAAAGAGGAAAAACGUCAUUUGCGCCAUUUCAAGAGCGAUGUCGAAGCAGAUGACGAUUUAGAAAAUUCAGGAAAUUUACCAUUACCAAGUUUGGAGCGUUUUUCAGCGUUACAAAACGAGUAUGACACUGCGUGUGUUGAACCAAUUCUAACAUCGAAAGCGUCUAAAAUCGAAACACUUUUUGAACGGAAGGCUUCAUCAAAUAGAAAAAUGGACUUGCCGCAUGUUUAUCAGAUUGAUAAAAAAUUAAAAUUUGGUACAUUAUUGUUAGCAGAAGGAACAGAAAUUAAGGAUCUAACCUGGUGCAAACAAGUACAUAUUCCUGCCAAUAAAUGUAAACCGACUGAUUUAUUACCAGAUAACAAACAUAUAAAAAUCGAUACCCUAGAUCCUCUAGGUCAAAAAAUAUUUACACAUAUCGAACGCUUAAAUACAAUACAGUCAAUUGUUUUCGAAGUCGCUUAUCAUACCAAUGAAAAUUUAUUGAUAUGCGCACCAACCGGUGCCGGUAAAACGAAUAUUGCCCUACUAACAAUCAGCCGAUGUUUACAAAGUUAUUGUGUAAACACUGUUCUAGUCGAUAAAUCCUUCAAAAUUGUCUAUAUAGCUCCAAUGAAAGCACUAGCAGCUGAAAUGACUGCGAAAUUCUCCAAGCAACUACGUCCACUUGGAGUACAUGUUAAAGAAUUAACUGGUGAUAUGCAACUUAGUCCAAGUGAAAUUAAAGAGACUCAAAUUUUGGUAACAACUCCGGAAAAAUGGGAUGUAGUUACCCGAAAACCGGAUGGAGAUACCGCGUUAGCACGAUUAGUACGAUUAAUUAUUAUCGAUGAAGUUCAUCUGUUAAAUGAAGAUCGAGGACAUGUAAUUGAAGCACUCGUUGCGCGAACAGUACGCUUAGUCGAGAAAACUCAAUUGUUUUGCCGAAUUGUCGGCUUAAGUGCAACAUUACCAAAUUACAUGGAUGUAGCACAAUUUUUACGAGUAAAUCUCAGCAAUGGAUUAUUUUAUUUCGAUCAACGAUUUCGUCCCGUUCCACUAGAAACAACGUUUAUUGGAUGUCAGGAACUUAACUAUCAAACGUAUUUGGACAACGCGUGUUACGAUCAAGUGAUAAAAGCGUUACGUAAUGGUUCCCAAGUUAUGGUUUUCGUUCACACGCGGCGUGGUACGGUGAAAACAGCUGAAACGCUUCUAACUAAAGCACAAAAUGCUGGUGACUUAAAGUUGUUCGAAUCGGAGCAUAUAAAAACGGCUGGAUAUACAAAAGCGAGAAUACAAAUUGAUAAAAGUAAUUUUUCGGAGUUACGGAAAUUGUUUCAAUCCGGUAUGGCUGUACAUCAUGCGGGUAUGUUACGAAUCGAUCGCAAUCGUGUGGAAAAAUAUUUUAUGGAUGGAUAUAUUAGGGUUUUAUUUUGUACGGCCACCUUAGCUUGGGGUGUUAAUUUACCGGCACAUACUGUUAUUAUCAAGGGUACAAAUGUUUACGCAAACGGGAAAAACACAGAUCUAGAUAUUCUCGAUGUUCAACAAAUAUUUGGUCGUGCAGGCCGACCACAAUUCGAUACAUCCGGUCAUGCCAUCAUAAUUACAGAAAUGAAUCGUUUAGAUCAAUAUCUACGUCAGAUGACAAAUCAAGUACCCAUCGAAAGUAAAUUUAUUCAACAUUUAGCGGAUAAUCUAAACGCUGAGAUCGUGCUGGGUACGGUUAACACUGUGGACGAAGCUGUCAUGUGGCUGAGUUAUACUUAUCUCUUGAUUCGUAUGAAAAUGAAUCCACUUGCAUAUGGAAUCGAGUAUUCGGAGAAAAUUGAUGAUCCAGAAUUGCAUCAACGUCGUCAUGCAAUGAUUCAUUUUUGUGCGAAAAAAUUGGACGCUGCACGAAUGAUACGAUAUAAUGAAACAACUGGUGAUUUAAUAUCAACGGACUAUGGCCGCAUUGCGAGCCAUUUUUAUAUUAAAUAUGAUACGAUUAUGAAAUUUAACGAAAUGAUGCAACCAAUUAUGACUGAAGCUGAAAUUUUGAAAAUGUUAACGCACGCUGAAGAAUUUGAAAAUAUUGUUGUGCGUGAUGAAGAACUUGACGAACUAGGAGAUUUAAUGGAAGAAAUAAAUUUCCCAACCGAUUCCGUUUCUAGGGACAAUGGACAUGUAAAAGUUAGUUUACUCUUACAAAGUUAUUUAUCUCGAAUUCGAAUUAAAUCAUCAUCAUUAAUCGCUGAUAUGCAUUAUGCAGUUCAAAAUAUACCACGAUUGAUUCGUGCAUUAUUCGAAAUAUUUUUACGCUUAAAUAAUGCAAUAAUGGCUAAACUUGUAUUAAGAUUUGCGUUAAUGUUCGAACAACAACAAUGGGAUCACGAAACACCACUACGUCAAUUUCAACGUUUAACGUAUGACGUAUUAGAUAAAAUUGAACGUCACGAUGUAAAUAUACAUCGUAUACGUGAAUUAGAACUAAGUGAAGUUGGUAGUAUAAUACGAAAUCAACGAGAAGCCUCACAGGUUAAAUAUUUAGCGGAUUGUUUUCCGUAUGUGGACAUCGAAACGAAAAUUAUGCCAAUAACACGUUCUGUAUUACGGAUUAUUAUCGAUAUUAAAGCAGAUUUUAAAUGGGAUCCGAAAAUUCAUGGUUAUGCUCAAUCGUUUUGGCUGUGGAUUGAAGAUCCUGAUCAUAAUAUUAUAUAUCAUCACGAAUAUUUUCAACUAACUAGAAAAUUGGUUAUGAAAGAUGAACCAAUAAAAUUGUUUAUAACGAUUCCAUUGGUGGAACCAACACCUCCACAAUAUUAUGUACGUGUGUUCAGUGAUAGAUGGCUGCGCGCCGAAAGUGACACACCAUUUAGAUUUGAUACGAGCAUGUUACCAACGAAUUUAACCAUACAAACCGACUUACAAAAUUUACAACCGUUAUCAAAGCGAGCACUUAAAAAUAACGCUUAUGAAUCAUUAUAUCCAUUCAAUUUUUUCAAUCCAAUUCAAACCCAAAUGUUCUAUGUCCUGUAUCGAACAGAUCAUAAUAUUUUGUUGGGAGCUCCAACUGGAUCUGGUAAAACUAUUGUGGCUGAGAUAGCAAUUUUACGGCUGUUUAACACUGAACCCGAUCGAAAGGUGAUAUAUGUGGCUCCCUUAAAAGCUUUAGUUCGAGAACGUGUUGACGAUUGGACUAAAAAAUUCGGCGAAAAACUUAAGAAAAACGUGGCAGAAAUGACUGGUGAUUCAAUGCCUGAUAAACGAACGUUAGAUCAAGCUCAAAUAAUCAUAACCACACCAGAAAAAUGGGAUAUCGUGAGUCGUAACUGGGAGAGUCGAUCAUACGUACAAGCAGUGGGUCUUCUCAUUAUGGAUGAAAUACAUUUGUUGGGUGAAGACCGUGGACCUGUUCUGGAAGCAAUCGUAUCCCGAACAAAUUACAUAGCGUCAAAGCAUAGUAGCACAAUCCGUAUGAUGGGAUUAUCAACGGGUAUCGCAAAUUCAUACGAUUUAGCGACUUGGUUAGGUGUUUCAGAGGAAGGUCUUUUUAAUUUCCGUCCAUCGGUACGACCUGUACCACUUGAAGUACAUAUAUCUGGUUACCCAGGUCAACAUUAUUGUCCACGUAUGGCUUUAAUGAAUAAACCCACUUUCCAAGCAAUUCGUGAGCAUGCGCCGUCCAGCCCAACUUUAGUUUUUGUCUCAUCUAGACGACAAACUCGUAUCACUGCUAUGGAACUGAUCAAUUUCGUUAGCAUGGACUCAAACAGUACCCAAUGGCUUAAUAUGUCUGAAGAAGACAUCGAUAACAUCGUUCGAAAUGAUAUAUCCGACGAAACGUUAAAACAUACCCUAAUCUAUGGGGUGGGAGUACAUCAUGCUGGAUUAUUGGAAGGCGAUCGUGUUAUUGUCGAGCAAUUGUUUUUAAAUCAAAAAAUUCAAGUUCUUGUAGCAACCGCUACAUUGGCAUGGGGUGUGAAUUUCCCUGCUCAUUUAGUCGUAAUUAAAGGUACUGAAUAUUACGACGGGAAAACUCGUCGAUACAUCGAUAUGCCGAUUACCGAUGUUCUACAAAUGAUGGGACGUGCAGGGCGUCCACAAUUCGAUCAGAAUGGUGUUGCCGUUGUUUUGGUACAGGAUAUUAAGAAAAGUUUUUAUAAGAAAUUCUUAUACGAACCGUUUCCGGUUGAAUCGCAUAUGUUGGAAGUAUUACCUAAUCAUAUUUAUGCUGAAAUUGCGACUGGUUUGAUAACGUCCAAACAAGUUGUACACGAAUAUAUCACAUGGACGUAUUUAUAUCGACGAUUAAUUAAUAAUCCGCAGUAUUAUAAUUUAGUUUCCACGGAUGAUGCGGAUAUUUUGGAAUAUAUUACGAAUUUAGUGAAUUCAACAAUUGAUAUUCUGGUUGAAUAUAAUUGUUGUACUGUGGACGAGGAUGGAUUUUUGUUAUAUUCGACGCCAAGCGCCAAAGUUGGAUCAAAUUAUUAUCUAGAUUACCAUACCGUUAAAUUUAUGACGGAUAAAUUGCAUCCAAAUUUGAGUUUGGUGAAUGUCAUAAAAUUAAUGUGCGAUACUUACGAAUUUUCUGAAGUUCCUGUACGUCACAACGAAGAAUUAAUGAAUGCAACAUUAGCUCGAUCAUGCCGAAUUCAUGUCACCGAAGAUUUCGAUUCACCGCAUGUUAAAACAUUCCUACUUAUGCAAAGUCAUUUUUCACGAUUACCCGUUCCAUGCGCCGAUUAUUCAAUCGAUCUAAAAUUAAUCUUAGAACAAAGUGGACGUAUUCUACAAGCAUUUUUAGAUUAUGCAGCCGUCAAUGGUUGGCUAUUGCUAUGCAUACAAAUUGCUCAUGUCUCACAAAUGAUUGUACAGGCUGAUUGGAUUGACACGACGCCAUAUGCUCAGGUGCCAAGAACUCACGAUUCUCAAAUCGAUAUCUUACAAAGUGUACAUACCAGAGAACCGAUAUCAUUUUGUAAAUUUGUAAAAUUAACGAAAAAUGAUAUUAUGGCAACUAAAUUGAAAUUAUAUAAAGAUGGAUUCACACGUCCAAAUAUACGUGAUAUUAUCGAUUACGUUCAAAAUUUACCGCUACUUAUUGUUCAUGUAACGUUAAAAGAUGCAUUCGCAAAGAAAGUUUUUGAGGGAUCUCCAUCCGACUUGAAAACGAAAGUACUUACGUUGAAGAAUAAUCGUUUAUAUACGUUAGAAAUUCGAUUAACGCAUUAUAAGGGAUAUAAUUCCAAAGUAUAUGCGCCAAAUUAUCCAAAAACUAAACAAGAAGGUUGGAUGAUCUUGUUUGGAUCACAAGAUGAGAAUCUUGGACGAGUAACAGUGAAACGAUGUAUAUUUAGUGGCAAAUCAACGUGCCAAUUUAUUAAAUUUACUACACCUAAUUUUCCAGGAGAAUACAUUUAUCAUAUCAUGAUUAUAUCAGAUUCAUAUUUUGGUUUGGAUCAAGGAUAUACAAUGAUUUCUAAAAUUGAAAUGUGCGAAGAGUCUGAUCCCGAAGACGACGAAGAUGAUGUUCCCGAAGUGGGUGAUAACUUUGCACAAGCUAAUCCACCGGAUAAUUAUUUGGAGCUUGAUUUUCCUAAACUUCCUCAAACUAGUUCAAUAUCAGAGCAACCUGGACCCUCAACGUCCAAAACUUAAAUUUAGAAAAAAAUGUUUGAAUGCUUUCUAUCACGUCUUGUGAACCAGUUAUUAUAAAAAUUGAGAAGUAGAUAUAUUUUGGAGUCUAUAAAAUUAUAGACGACAUGGAAAGCACACAGUCUACGCAAAAUUUGGUAUUUUUAUACGAGGUGAAGCCCCCUCCAAAAUUUUUUUGAGUAUUCAUUUUUUUACAUACAAAUAAUGCCUUGUUGAUUAAUAGAAAAUUAUUUAGAAAAAUAUUUUAUGGACGCGGUUAUUUAUAAAACAAUAACAAACGAACUCUCUCUAAAUUAAUAAUUUGAAGAAAAAAAUAUUUUCCAAUUUCUUGGAAUUAUUUAGGGACCAUUCAUAGCCCAUUCUCCCCUUUCGUCACACAGCAUCACAUUUUCUCAAACUCUCUUCCUUCCUUUUACGUGAUCCAUUAUAUGAAUCACGCGCAUUAUACGCAUUUGGAAAAUUGUUUUAUGUAUUGCAGAUUAUUUUGAAAAAUUUCGAAGAUCAAAGGAUUUUCACAAAUUUUUUAUAAGAAUUUUUUCAGAAAUAUAAUCUGUCGGACUUUUAGCGUCCCAGCAGAAGCAGCAAAUUCGUUCUUUCAACCUAAAAUAGAAAAAUAGUAUACAUCACACAGGCAGAAAGUUUAAGAGCCCUGAACUGCGCGCAGAGCAGGAGUCUCUCAAACUUUCUGCCCUUGUAGUGUAAUAUACCAUUUUCAAUAAUUUUUCCAAUUUUGCGUGAAAAUUAAUUGAAAAAGAAAA